AUGGCUGUCAGCUAUGUUCUGGCACUGCUGGCCCUCCACCCUGAGUGGCAGGAUGCAGCCCACCAGGAGCUGAAGGACGUCUUCGGCGAGGGUGACGACUACCUGCGAGCCCCCAGCCUUGCAGACCUAGGCAGAUUCGGGGUGCUGGAGAGCAUCAUCAAGUUCUUCCCAGAUCCACAGCGGUUCGACCCAUCGCGCUUCUUGGAGGACCGCGUUGGCAAAGAGCAUGCGUGCUGUUACCUGCCAUUUGGAUUGGGCGCGCGCAACUGUGUGGGUUCCCAGUACGGCCGCCUGCAGCUCAAAGUCUACCUGGUAGACAUACUGAGGCGCUUCCGCUUCCUGCCAUGUAGCCGACGGGAGGUCUCCUUCAGCCUAAACCCCAUCAAGCCAAUCAGGGUGUCGUGCAUGCCUCUGGAUGGCCCUAGGGCAUAG